CUAUUACUUGUGUGAUAACGAUAACACAUGGCUUCAAAGAGUAAAGAAUGGGGUCGUUUACCAGGAUACCUCUUGGCCACGGUGAUCCUUAGCACUGUGGUUCUUGGAAAGAGUCCGGUAGAGAAGAGUCACUCCCUGUCACUGGUGACAAUGGUGCCACUUCUGGAACUAGAAAGAAAACUGAUUGAUAACCUCGUUAACUAUACGAACGCCCUAGAGGAGAAGCUACAGACUGUUCGCAGUCAAAUCCCACUUAUGCGUUCUGAAAACGAAAAGGGAAAGCUGGAUGCCAUAUCUUAUCUGUCCCAUCCUCUGAAUAGUUUUUCACUCAUCCGACGACUGCAUCAGGAUUGGUUUCAAUGGCGCAAGUUCAUGGAACAACCUGUGGGAGUCUCCCAAAUACGAGAUAUAGACACUUGGCUGGAAGAACUUCCCACAAAAAUGGAUCUAUGGGAGGCAUGCACUGGAGUAGUCCGCAUUCAAAGAACCUACAACCUUGAAAUCAGCGAUUUUAUCAAAGGGAAAAUCAAUGGCAAGCAGUAUAAUUCUAGCAUGAGUUGCGGCGACAUUUUUGCAGUUGGCCAUCAUCUUGCAAAGGAAAAUAGAUCUGCGGAAGCUGUUCAAUGGCUUCAGGAGAUUCCUAACCGUCUCCAAGAGGAACUUUUGGUAGUCCCAAAGCAUCUGACUGUCGAGGAAGUCGAGGUUCUAAAGUUACUCGCCGAGACCCACUUGAAAGAAGAACACUAUACAAAAGCCUUGGUUCUGCUGGAUAACGGCCUAAAGAUUAAACCGCAGGAUGCUACUUUUCUGCGACUUCGAAGGAAAACAAAGGACCUUUUAAAAAAGCAACCAGUACCUAUACCUGAAAAAACAAAGAAAAAGGAAGUUUCAGUCAGAGAUAUUUAUAAAUUAAGUUGCGGGGGCAUGAUUAAGAAACCAUCUAAACUGCAUUGCUUCUACAAUUUCACCACCACUGCGUUUCUUCGGUUGGCACCUUUAAAAACAGAGCAAAUUGGAUUAAAUCCUUAUGUAGUGCUCUACCACGAAGUUCUCUCCGCUCGGGAAAUAUCAAUGUUAAUUAACAAGGCAGCUCGAAAUAUGAAAAUCGCCACAACCUACACUGUUUACCCUACCAAAAAGAACAGGGGAAGGACAGCCAAGGCCUAUUGGUUUAAUAAGGAGAAUAAUAAGCUAACAAGGCGUAUUACUAGGAGGAUUCAAGACAUGACUGGUUUUGACUUGACCGACUCGGAAGAACUGCAGGUGAUCAACUACGGCAUAGGUGGGCACUAUCUUACACACUCGGAUUACUUUAACUUUGCAUCUGGUAAUUACACAAGAAAACGGACUCGCCAGGGUGCCGCUUUGGGGGAUCGUAUUGCCACAGUGCUAUUCUAUCUAACUGACGUUGAACAGGGUGGAGCCACAGUCUUUGUGAACGCAGGAUAUUCCGUAUAUCCCCGGGCUGGAACUGCCAUCUUCUGGUACAACUUGAAUACGGAUGGGAACGGAGAUCCCCUCACCAAACAUGCCGCCUGUCCCGUGAUUGUGGGCUCUAAAUGGGUGAUGACCGAGUGGAUACGCGAACGGCGGCAGAUCUUUAUCAGACCCUGCCUGCCCCGCUCCAAGGGAACCUCUCCAAAAUCAUAGACAAACAAAUUUCCGGCAUAAUCACUCUGCACACUUAACAAAAAACCCUCGCAGCUCAGCUUAAAUGCCUUUUUAAAAUGCCAACACGGAAAAAAUAAAGUGCUGAG